GUCGAUGACGGCAUAAUGUUUAUUUGCUUGAUGCUUUUAACGUAUUUUGUUUGUGGAAGCACUGGAACGGCAAGCUCAGCGGAUACUCAUAAAGACAGAAAUCAACUCCAACACCGUAAACAUAAUUCAUAUAAUCAUCGAUUUCUGGACACUAAGGAUAUUGCCAAAAGCAAUGUUUAUGAUGAUUAUAGCAGUGGGCUCACCGAGCUACAAUCGCCGAUGCACAUUAUAUACCCAUCAAAGACGACCACCGAGGAUGAAGAAAAUAUUCCGCUCAAAAUCCACGAACCAAGAGAAGACCCUAAACUCUUUUAUCAAUCUGAUACAUACCUUAAAGAAAUUAAUGGCCGACAUGUUAAUAAAGAAGUAGCCUCAAUUUAUCCUGGAAGGCAAUACAUCCGAGCUGAUGAAAAAUAUCGAAUACCGAAACACUUAUUACGAAGUCAGAAUGAAAAUCAUUUUUAUAUUUCACCCCGGAAAAGUUGUAUACAAUGUCCUCAUGAUAGAACAUUAAUAGCAAAAGUUGGGACUGAUCGUGUUGUUUUACAAAAUCCUAUCCUUAAAACAUGUUCAGGACGUAAAGCCUCUACAAAUGUACGUUUUGUCCACAUGUUCGGGCCUAAAUUUGGAACAUUGCUUGAGCACGGUACACAUGUAAUGCUCGGCAGACUCAUGUAUAGAAAUGAAACACUUCACAUUUGCAAAAUGCAAAUACAUGUAAUUGUUCAGGAUUGCCCAAAACCAGAAUAUUUGGUAUCACGUUGUGAAGAAAAAAUCAAAUUAUGCCACUUUAGUUGUCGUGAUGAAAGAUUGGAAUUACAAGGAAAAUCGUCAUUGUAUUGUGGAGAAAACAUGAAAUGGGAAGGGAAUCUUCCUGUAUGUCGAGUUCGUAAUUGGUGCAAGGCUCUGGCUCCUCCUGACUAUGGACAACUCAGCUGCAGAGGCGAUACAGCGGGAUCGAACUUAGGCCUAGCAGAAGGUUCGCGUUGUCGAAUACGCUGUCCUUCAGGGUGGCGAUGGUAUCAAAAAGCCAUAACCGUCUGUCGUCGAGGUGCUUGGACGAAUAAAUUAACUUGUAUACCGAAAAAAGAAACUUAAAUAAUUUAUUAUCAAUCUCUUUUUAACUUUUUUCAAAGAAAAUAAAAUUAAAAAUCAAAAGAA